UCUGUGACAUCAGCCCCGGCCCGGGGGCACCGGCAGGGCCGUGGGGGCUGCGCUGGAGGUGACCCCCCGCUCCUGGCACUGCCACCCAUGGCUUGGCUGUGGCUACUGGUCCUGCUGGCCCUGGCCGGGCCCGUGGGUGGCAACUGGGACACCUGCAGAGGGACCUGCGGGCUCCGGCCCAUGGCUUCCGACCACAACUCCCUGAUUCCCGACGGCCCCGUGGAUUUGGCCGACGGCACGUCCCGUGUCAUGGGUGGCACCGGUGUCCAGCCGGGGGCCUGGCCUGGCAUCGUCAGCAUUCAGGCCACCUGGAAGAAUGGCACGUGGCACAUGUGCUCGGGUGUCCUCCUCAGCUUCCAGUGGGUCCUCACGGUCGCCCACUGCUUCAUCAGGGCCGGGGACUUCUACCGGUGGGACGUGGUGAUCGGGGCCACGGACCUGACUCAGCCGGGCCCCGAGGCCGAGGUGAGGCACAUCCAGAGGCUCCUGGUGCACCAGCACUACGUGGCUGCCACGGCAAGGAAUGACAUUGCCCUGCUGGAGCUGGACCAGCCCGUGGAGUGCAGUGACUACAUCCAGCUGGGCUGUGUGCCCGACACCUCGGUGAGGGUCUCAGACCUGAAAUCCUGCUACAUUGCGGGAUGGGAUUUCCCUGAGGACACAGCUCUGGGACCAAAUGUGGUGCUGCAGGAGGCCAAGGUUCACCUCAUGGACACAGAGCUCUGCAACAGCAGCCGCUGGUACGGGGGGGCCGUGCACCCCGAAAACCUGUGUGCUGGGUACCCACAGGGCGGCAUCGACACCUGCCAGGGGGACAGCGGGGGUCCCCUGGUCUGCAAGGACAACAGAGCCGACUACUUCUGGCUGGUGGGGCUGAGCAGCUGGGGAAGAGGCUGCUACAAAGCCAGGCACCCCGGGAUCUACACCUCCACUCAGCACUUCCACAACUGGAUCCUGGUCCAGACGGGCCUGACCCCCGUAGAAAUUGCCACUCCAACACCAGCCACUGCAGCACCAGAGCCAGGCUGUACCCCGGCCCCUGAGGAGAUCCCAGAGCCAGCGAUCACCCCGACCCCCCAGGAAAUCCCCACACGAGAGGUCGUCUUGAUCCCCGAGGAAGAGGAGGAGGAGGAGGAGGAGGAGGAGGAAGAGGAGGAGGAAGAGGAGCCGACGCCAGAGCCAGAACCAACCAUCAUCUCGACCCCAGGAGAGGAGGAGGAGGAAGAGGAGGAGGAGGAGGAGCUGACGCCAGAGCCAGAACCAACCAUCAUCUCGACCCCAGAAGAGGAGGAGGAGGAAGAGGAGGAGGAGGAAAAGGAGGAGGAGGAGGAGCCGAUGCCAGAGCCAGAACCAGAGCCAGAGACCAGGCCAGCCGUCGUGUUGAUCCCCGAGGAGGAGGAGGAGGAGGAGGAGGAGGAGGAGGAGGAGCCGGUGCCCACACCGCAAUCCGACAGGCUGCUGGUCAUUUCAGUGCCGUACCGGAGCCUGGUGAAAUUCUGUAACCUGCUGACGGACUUCUUGCAGCUGCUGAGGGACAAAAUUGAUUGACCAGAAGGAUGAGCAGAUCCAGUUCUGGCUGCCGUGGAUCAGGAGCAUUCCCUGAUGGAAUCACGGCUGCGGGGCCAAAGGCAGCCCCAGUGCCCAGGGCUGCUCCGUCCUCUCCCGCUCCUCCCCUGCGCCCACCCCGAUGGAGAAGUUCAGUUUGUUAUUGAAAUAAAGUUUUCGUGUUCCCC